CUUUGCACACCUGCAGGUUCUCCAGUGCUUGCACCAGGAUCAUUACCUCAAAAUCAGCCUGCCAGCAAAAAAAGUGUUGUUAAAGUCUAUAGUGAAGAUGGGACAAGCAAAAUGGUGGAGAUUCUAGCAGACAUGACAGCCAGGGACUUCUGCCAGCUGCUGAUUUACAAAAGUCAUUGUGUGGAUGAUAACAGCUGGACGCUGGUGGAGCACCACCCUCACCUAGGAUUAGAGAGAUGCCUUGAAGACCACGAACUUGUAGUACAAAUCCAGUCCAUGAUGUCAAGUGAAAGCAAAUUUCUGUUC